AUAUGCAUACGUCCAGUCUGUGCUAGAUAGGUCGGCACAAAUAUCCGUACCUGGAAUAGAAGAGUCCUUUCGUUGUUGAUGAGGAUUACCGACCGUCCUCAGAUAAACUAUCGGACCACUGCUGUCAUAACAACCCCAUCCCUCUCUUUUGUGAUCAACAUGCCCACAUCCCGUUCAUCUAAACUGGUGGCGUCCAGUUUAGAAUCAAUCACGGCACACUAGGGCUAUUAUCACACCCCCGGGGAUUACCUCAGAUGGUUGAUACAAGAUACAUCCAUCGGAUCGAUAUCCGCACAGUAUGGAAAUAUGCCGCCGCUUUGACUAUUGAAGAGCAUUCCGCAUGCCUCAUGUAAUGUUCAAGCAUCGAAACUACUCAGCUUACCGGACAUCAUCAACACAUUUCCAGUCAUUCAUCGGAGGAAAUAAUAAAAGCAGCGUUCAGGUACGUACCUACUGGUAGCUCGCCGCAAUAAGCAGCCGACCCCUUAGCCGCUGAUCCCCCAGACUAAAUUCUCAUUAGUGUUUGAACUUUUUUAGUAUACCAAUUUUUAUCGGUGGGUGGGAUGAAGUGCUUGAUAAUUCAACGUGAAAGAGUCAUUGACAUAAACUUCCAAUCCAAAGCAUCUGCAAUACCGAGAUCGUAACCUCAAAGGUCAAAAAUCACAGCCGCUCUCCGAAGUCGCAAAGUCCAAAGUCCAAACUCCAAAGUCCAAAGUCCAAACUCCAAACUCCAAACUCCAAACUCCAAAGACUAAACAUCAAACUCCAAAGACCCAACCACCAAUUCCAGCAAAGAUGGCCCGUCCACCCGAUUUCCGUCUCCCAAUAGUCUACAGUUGGUUCUUCCUAAUAAUCGAACCCAUCUCCGCCCUAAUCGGAGCAUAUUACGCCCAUUUCCGCCCCUUGACCUAUCUCCAACUAACCGACUCCCUCUCAUCCCCAUACACACAAACCACAAUCCCCCUCUCCACAAGCAUCAUCCUCACCCAGCUCGCAAACCUGUACCUCCUCUUCGCCAUCAACGAAGCACUCAUCCUGCGCUGCACCUCCGAUCUCCACGUCUGGAGAGUCGUGCUCGCCGCAAUGCUAGUCGCGGAUUUCGGCCAUCUCUAUAGUGUGAGAGCAUUAGGAUCGAGCAUUUAUUGGAAUUUGCUGCGCUGGAAUGUUAUGGCGUGGGGUAAUGUGGGGUUUGUUUAUGUUGGGGCUGCUAUGAGGGUGGCGUUUUUGAGAGGUUGGGGUUUGGGUACUGAGAGGGCGCAGCAGAGGGCUGUUAGGUCGAAAACUUUGACGGAGGGGUUGAAGGGGGCUUGAUUUUGGAGAGGGUUAGAAAAUGGUUUUUGGCUUGGCGAAUGUUUCGCUUCGCUUGUGGAUGGUAUCUGUCUUAUUGUUUGUAGCUUUUGCUUUUGCCCUGUUUGCCCAUCACACUAUCUCCUUGAAGCCCCGUGUGAAAAUGCAGAUAGAGUAAGUUUCUUGUGAUUAAAAGAUGUGAGCCAAAAGUUUAGCCAUAGGGAGUGCUAAUAAGGGAAGUGCUUUUGCGUCACAGGGGUCAAAACUAUCUGAUAAUCCAUCUAUGUUAAGUGACAACGAUGAUGUGUAUUAAAAGAAACAAUGAAAACUAAUACUUUCACUGCCACCUCUACUGUCAUUUCUAUAUAUACUACUCAACAUCACUCAAAAUCGAGACCAAAAGACCAUACGGAAAUCAACAGAUCGCCGCAACGCACUUUCCAUCUCUUCCCCCUCAAAAAAACAGGCCAUCGGACAGCUAUAG